AUGGAUUUUCAAAAUGGAGAUAAUGUUGCUUCCAAUUUGCUUAAAGCUCAAAGCCAAAUAUGGAAUCACAUUUUCAACUUCAUCAAUUCCAUGUCACUUAAAUGUGUUGUUGAUUUAGGCAUACCAGAUAUCAUACACAACUAUGGCAAACCCAUGUCACUCUCAAAACUCAUUUCUUCCCUACCAAUCCAUCCAUCAAAAAAACCUAACAUUUAUCACUUGAUGCGAAUCAUGACUCAUUCUGGUUUUUUCUUUCAACAAAAUUUAACAGAGAACGAAUUAGAAGUUGAGUAUAUGUUAACUGAUGUAUCUAGAUUAUUACUUAAGGACAACCCAAUGAGUGUGACACCAUUUGUCCACGCGAUGCUCAGCCCGAUUAUGACAAAUCCAUGGCAUCAAAUGUCUACUUGGUUAAAAAAUGAUGAUUCUUCAGCAUUUGAAACGACACAUGGGAGGUUUUUUUGGGAUUAUGCUGCUCAUGACCCAAUAUUUAACCGUUUAUUCAAUGACUCCAUGGCAAGUGAUGCUCGAUUAGUGGCGGAUUUGUUGAUUGAGAAGUGCAAGGAAGUGUUCUAUGGACUGGAGUCAUUGGUUGAUGUUGCAGGAGGCACAGGGACCAUGGCAAAGGCCAUUGCCAAUUCAUUUCCACAAUUAAAAUGCACUGUUUUUGAUCUUCCACAUGUUGUUGAUGGCUUAAAAGGAAGUGACAACCUAACCUAUGUUGGUGGAGAUAUGUUUCAAGAAAUUCCUCCAACUGAUGCCAUUUUAUUGAAGUGGAUUUUGCAUGACUGGAGUGACGAAGAAUGCAUAAAGAUAUUAAAGAAAUGCAAGGAAUCUCUGAAGAAGAAAGGUAAAGAAGGGAAGGUGAUUGUCAUAGAUAUGGUGUUGGACAAUCAAAAUGGAAUCAGUAACGAAUCAGUUGAAACACAACUCUUCUUUGAUAUGUUGAUGAUGGUAAUAGUUAAGGGAAAAGAGAGAAAAGAGAAAGAAUGGGUCAAGUUAAUUUUAUCUGCCGGUUUUAAUGACUAUAAAAUAACCCCUAUUUUAGGCUUAAGGUCAGUCAUUGAGAUCUAUCGUUAA